AUGCCGUAUUCCAAACUUGUUACAGAAUAUACUAUUCUUUUAACUGUAAACGCAAAUAUUUCAGAAUUGGUGACAAAAAAACAAAAAUGUUUACGCAGGUCAGUAAUUCUCUCAUCAGUCGAUGCUGUUCUGGGUAGAAGUGCCACAUUACCAUGUAAUAUAGAACCUGAUCAUCGAGAGGAUAGAGUUUAUAUGGUUCUAUGGUACCGAGAAGGACAUAUAAAGCCUAUAUACAGGUAA